CCAAUAUUAGCGACGGACCGGAAGCAGCAUGGCCUGAGGAUUUCGGUUUCUGCAUCAUUCUGUCUGUCCACUUUACUGCCAUAAAGUACGUCCAGCAAACAGAGGGGAUGUUGAGAAACGGAGCAGCACAGGUUUUCAGACAGCUGGUUAGACACCAGUCUACAGACACCAGCCUGAUCCUGGAGAGAUCGAUUAACCGUGUCCAGCUGCUGGGCCGCGUGGGGCAGGACCCUGUCAUGAGACAGGUGGAGGGACGGAACCCCGUCACCAUUUUCUCCAUGGCAACCAAUGAGAUGUGGCGCUCCGGGGACGUGGAGACGUCCCCCGCAGGAGAUGUCAGCCAGAAGACGACGUGGCAUCGUGUGUCAAUCUUCAAGCCUGGUCUGAGGGAUGUGGCCUACGAGUAUGUCAAGAAAGGGUCGAGGGUUCUGGUGGAGGGGAAGUUGGACUACGGGGAGUACGUAGACAAGAACAACGUCAGACGCCAGGCUACCACCAUCAUUGCAGACAAUAUUGUAUUCUUAAGCGACAACAUUCGAGGGAGGGACCAAUGAAGGAAGUGGCACUCUUCAUCUAGGAGGAAGACUGAAGCUCUUUCUGUGUAGCUACUCUAGUGUCUAUAUAUCAACUGACUUGGAGCUGUGUGCCUGCUAUCUAAAUGGGACAGAACACAGAGUAAAACCUCUCUGUUGACUGUAGAGAAUGAUAGAGGACUAUCUGUCCCUUGUCGGUGAGCGCACGGGCAGCUCCAUUGAGUCCAUCUCCAUUUUGAAGUAGUCAAUUUUCUUCUACUACUUCUGAGUUGGUAAACCAACUGAAAGGGUUUGUACUGCCACCUAGGGUGUGUUGUUGGAACAGGUAUAAACCCAAGGUUGGGGAUAAACUGCAGUUAUGGAAUGUUUGCUCACGAGUAUAAUUAAUUGGCCGAUGACCUGGAUUGAAUUAUGUGAUCCUUCCUUAACCCAUAGGAGGUACCAUCCAAUUGACUACUUCAAAAUGGUCAAUGUCCUCAAUGGAACUGCCCAUGCUAAAACAUGCUCAUGACUAUUAAAGUACUCUACCAUUCUCUGAGUGCGACAGAGUAUUAUAAACCCAUAUAUACGUGUGGUUGCACGUAUGUAUUUUAGCCACCAAAAUUAUGUUACUAAUCUUAGUUUACGCUCAUUUGUGGUAUUAUUAUUCCCUUCCGGAAACCACCAGAUUCUCACCUCCCAUUCUGUCUGGGCAAAUGUUGUACGCAUGUUGUUUUAAUGUACUUGUAUGUAUCAUGUAGAAUAUACAUUUUUUUCCCUCCAGAA